GCUGUUGCGCUGAGGGCUUGGCGGCGGCCGGGCCCCCUGGCCGCAGAAGGGGCCUUGCUCUUCAGUCCAGGGCCCUCGGACACCGGGAGUCAUCGCAUACCUUUGGAUCACCGGAACGCUCCGCCUGCAGCAGUUUCAGUGGAAGCCAUGUAGUUGCCAUGUAGUUUUGGCCUGCGUAAAGCCUUUAAACCCUUUGUCCCGCAGCUUCUAAACCUCAUUUCUUCUGGAAACAGACCUGGAAGUUGGCUGCGGGGGCUGCGUGCCAACGGUGGGAGGUGUGCGCCGCGUUCCAGGCAGGGAAGUUACUUAGUAUGCUCUUUGGAUGAAGUAAGAACUGGGCUAGGUUUCCUAUGAAGAGAGGAAGGCUUGCUUAGGUAUGGAUUCAGAAAUUCCUACUGAUGCCAAGUUGCUACAGCGUUACCAGCAGCAGGGUGCUGAAAGAGCAGCCUACAAUGCGUCCACACAGGAGCCACCAUUGUACAGAGAAGCUACAAUAUUUCAGAAGGCUUGCAGAAGUGUCAGUCUAGAUGCAUCUGAGGAAGUCAGAUCCCUUCCUCAUUUUAUCGUUCCUGAGGAAAUGAGGAGUAAUAUCUUGGAACGCCUGUCAGAACACCGGCGAGGCCGCCAUGAUGAAGCACUAACCUCAAUGUAUCAUGAGCUUACCUGCAUUGCCAGGGAGAUGGAGCCCUUUGUUUUGGAGCCUGGAAAAUUCCUUCUGACAAAACUGAUGGAAUCCGAUAGAAAAAUUGAACAUCUGUUUAAAAAGAUUGAGUUUGCCACUACUCUGGAAGGUUUCUCAAUUGAAGGUUUGGAAGAACUGUGGAGUAUCAUCCACCAGGAAUCCUUAACCAGAAGGAAGUGGAUUAAGAAAAUGGAUGAAUCCCUAAAAAAGGUUGAAAGAAGUCGAGCUGAUCAAAUAACAGCUGUGCUGAGGAAGUAUACUGUGAUACUGGAAAACAUUUCCUUCUGCUUGUCGGCUGAUGUUUACAGGCUGAUAAACAAUGAGGCCAUGCUCAUUAACAGAGCACUGUUGGCUAACCAGAGGGCAAUUGCCAAGCUGUUCUGUAAUCUAAUGAAAUCAGAGCUGAAGAAGGAAUUAUUCCAUCGAUUGAAAUGGCAAGACAGAGUCAAAGACUGGAAGCUCAUCCAAAAGAACUGUAUAGUUCACAGUUUCAGAGAAUUUAUGGCAAAUGAAGAAAUACAGAAUCCGCCAUCUGUGAAAAAAGAAAUGGAAAAUAUGAUAACAGAUCAGAUUUUACUUGGUGAAAGGAGACUGGAGUUUUUGCAGCACCUGGGUGACUUGUUGCCUCCAACGCACACAAAAGCUGAGAUAAGUGAGUGGUACAGAUCUUUGGUGAAUUUAAACAAAAGUAUAGAUACCUACAACGUGCAGUAUAUGAGGAAAAUACGUAUCCAGUACGAGAGAGUGCAGCAGACGUGUUUGGCAGCCAUGCAGCUGCACAAGAAUAACUUGUUGAGUCUAAAUAUUUGCACAAAAGAAGAGGCUGAAGAAACUGUGAAUUGUGACUUUCUUCAGUUGACUGAGAAACUAGAAAAUCGCUUUGAAGAAGAGCUGGAGCAUAUGGAUAGAGACUUUGAGGAGCUGGCUAAACAGCAUGACCAGAAUUGUGAAGACUUGUACAACUAUUUUCAGGAGGCCAUGGGUCUCUGGGAUGUUCAUCAGCUCAAACUGUCUCAGCGGGAAGAUCAACUUCAGAAGAAAUUAGAUGAAUGCAGACGGGAACACGAUAACUUAACUCAGAUGCUGGAAGCUAAUCUGGAUAUAAUUUUGGAUAAAAUGAGAAGAGAAAGCUCCAAAGAAAAUCUGAAGAAAUAUUUGGAGAAUGCAUUUUCUUCUUUAGAUGACAUCAGAGCUAGGUAUGAGACCUUCAACCAAGUUCUAAUGGAUAAAAUAAUGGCUUACCCAGAAGCUAUUUUUCAGGAAUUGAUUUCUUAUAGUAUAUCCAUCAGCCAAUAUUUUAAUGUGAAAGAAAUCUUCAAACAGAACUUGCAAGGAAAGACGGACUCAGCACUGCAAGAUGAAGAACUAGUUAAGGCUUCAGAAGCUGAAUGCCUGGUGGAGCAGCAAGCUGAGAGCAGUGUGCAAGAAAAUGAAGGAGAGGAAAAGAUAUACAGUUGUCAACAGGAAAAUGAAGAAACACACACAGCUGAGAAUGAGGAGGUUUUUGCCCAGGAAACUGAAAAAAAAGAGAACAAUGAAGAUGAGGAGAGUUUUCCUCAUGAAAGUAAAGAAACUGAGCAUGCAGAGCAAGAGGUUAUGUUCAACAGCAGCAAGGCAGAAAGCUCUGAAAUUGCCACUGAGGUUUUUUCCACUUCUAGUGGCAAUUCUUACACGGUUCUUAGAGUUGAAGAGGCAGGAAAGACUGGCAUCCCAGAGACUUAUUUUACAAAAUAUGAACAAAAAGAAUCACUUCCUGUGUACCUGAAAUACAUACUUAUUGAAGAAACAGUGUUUGUAGAGCUGAAAAAACGUAUUCGCCUCUGCUUUUUUGAACACUUGGAGAAAUGGUUUGCAGAGUCCUUGUCCAACUCCUGUGUCUUUGUGGCUGCCAAGAAAGAGGAGCUGAAUUCAGAACUUCAGCUGUGUCUUCACUUGCACCAGCAGAAGCAGGAGAACAUAGAGACAAAUAUCUACAAUGUUAGAGCUGUGGAACUGUUGCUUCACAAAGAGCGUCUGGAAUGUCACUGCAGAGGGGUGGGGGAGGCUCUGGAAAAGGAGAGAGCUGAAUUUCUUGGAUUUUGUGAGCAGCAAGAUAAUAUCUGCAAAAACUUAGAAUCACAUCUCCGUGAUAUGGAGUCCGUUUUCCUCAGUGCUCCUAUGACUGAAAAGUUCGUUUCUUUCAGCAACAAUCUGCACUCAGAGCUACAUAAUCAUCUGGAAAUGAUCCAGGUUUCCCUGAGGAGUUACCGGAACUAUCUAGAGGAAGCUUUUGGAAAAUUAAGAAACUCAAAUGUGGAUUUUCUUAAGACUUGCAGAUUAUUUUUGGAGGGAGGUAACUUUUCUCCUGAGGAGGUGAAGUCCUUCAGCAAGCGUCUUCAGGAGGAGAGUGAGCAUAUUGAUGCUUUCGAAGGUUUAAUCAAGACAGAUAUGGAGAAAAUGGAAUCGAGCUGCCUGGAGCAGGCUACCGAACUCAUCAACCAAUCUGAAAUGAAAUUUUGUUAUCUCUUUAUGAGUAGAGUUUUUAUGGAGAAGAUCCAACAAUUUUUGACAAAUCUACGAGUGCGAAUCAAGUCAGAGGUAGCAGAUUCCAAUUUGCAGGCAGUGACAUUAAACUCUUAUCUGGAGAAGCUCCGUCAGAAGAUAGAUGCUUGUGCCCAUCCUACUGCAGAUACUGAAGCCUUGACUUCAGAAGAGUUGUAUGAUUUUGCCAAAGUAGUGUUGAAAGAACUGAAAAAGAGGAGCCAGUAUCUCGACUGCUUGCUAGUAAAAGCAAUAAGCCUGCAUGACAAUGAAGACUUUAGCCCUCCUGCAGCAGAUGUUACAUUACAAGGUCCAAUUGCUGUUGCCACUCGAACAGGGUAUCUCAGAGAUGAGAACAAAGUGAUGGUGAUGGGGCUGGAUCCUGUCAAAUUUCCUUUGUUAAAUCCAAGCAGAAUGGGAAAGCCUACAGUUGAUGAUUUAGCAAUAAGUGUUAUCAAAAAUUUACUUGAAAUUCAGCCAUACAGAAGAUCUUCGGGCCUAAAUCAGGAUCACUCACUUUCAUCAGGAGCAGUAAUUCUUCCCACAUCAAAGAAGAGUUCUUGCCUUAAUGUAUCUGAUGAAGAUCCUCGGAAAUCUGCCUCUUGCAGCUCUGCAGCUCUGACUACCAGGAAGGCAUCUCCUAGAAAACUGAUACGAACAGGAAGAAUACAGAAGUACACCAGACCAGUUCUCAGUGACAAGGAAUUCCAGAUAUUUGAAGAGAAGCCUCCAGAAUCUGAUACUUUUAAGAAGAUUAUUAUGAAUAUUCUGUGGACAGGUAACAACAGCUUGCUCUGCCUUGCUGAGGAAUUUUACCAAAAAGGGAAGCCUCAAGUCACAAAAAUCACGGUGCCUGAAGACCUGCCAGAGACAUUUGAACAUUGUGCAGAAGUGCUCAGACAGAAACUUUUGUCAUACCAAAGUCAGACAGAUGAUUACUACAAUUUCUGUCUUAUAGAAUUUCAGGAUCAAUUGAAGUUGUUUGAGAAGGAGCUCGCUUACGUCUCCCUGUUGGCGGUUGAUAGCCUUUUCAAAGAACAUGAGCAGAAGCUCAGCUAUUCCACUGGUCAGGUUCGUCUCCUCUUCAAUAAACAGCUGGAAGACUGGGAGAACCUGAAGGCUGCACACAAGAAUCAGUUACGUCCCUCCCUAGGACACCCAGGCAACUUGCUGCAGCUGGACUCUUUAUGUCAAGAGGAGCUAAAAAGGCAAAAAGAACAAGCUGAUGGUAUUCAUCUCAACAUGCAGAUGCUGCAGGACUGUGCUGCUGAGUGUGCUCAGAACUUUGUUUCUGCACUAGCUGCCUUCACUGAAAAGCUGCUUCUGGAAUUAGAUGAAAGUGUCACUGCUGAUGAUGUCCAAGUACCAAAAAUUGAAACACCAAGAGAGAAAACAUCCACUCUAAUGCACCGUAAACAAGCUGGAUUUCCUCUAGAAAUCUGUGAAGUUAAACAAAUAACUGACCGUGGGAGCAGGACUUGGCCAGGAAUACCCAUGACUACUCUUGCAGACAAUGCAGAUUAUGUUCUUUGCAGGGAAACUGCAUCAGUUACAACAGCUAAGACUACGCUGGGCCAUGUAGCAGCAGUAGAAGCAAGAGAUACUGUAUAUAAGAAAUACAAAUGUAAACUUGAGCAGCAGUUUGCCCAGAUCAAGGAAGAAAGUACAGCUCAGCUGCGGGCAAUUCAGCAUUGGGAAGACUGGUGGAAACGAUCCAUCCACAAGAUAAAGCAACUCUAUAGAUGAGAUCAGUCAGAUCUUACUGAUGUCCUUCUGGUCAUUGUUGGUUGUAAACUGACAAGUUUGUACUAAUGUCUGUGAUGUUACAAGUUUAGUCCAUCAGAAUCUGUUUUCCUGUUGUGCUGAACCAGUGCAGUGGUGAAAGGAGCUAUAUCUUGCCUCUUGAAAGAAACAAAUCUGACAAAUGUAUUGUAAAUGAAAUGUAGACUCUGCACCUCUUCCCAGUCAUAUCUCAACCAGAGUAAAGUUAAUUCAUUGUGGGGCUAGCUGUAAUUUGAGAAUCUUAAAAAGCUAGAAGCCCAAGCAGUGGAUUUAUACUGAAGUUCAUAUUCAAGUGUCAGGCAUGACUGGAUUUGUCUGUGUCAUGGAGGAGCCUGAGGUUAUAAUAGUGAAAGGCAGCCUCUUUAAUAAUGGAAUCCAGCAAGAAAACAUUUUCUUCAGCACGGGUGAAGCCUUUCCCAUGAGUAUCCUCUCUUUCUUCACCUCCUUAAUGACACAGCUCACUGCUUGAGUUUUAAAAAUCUGAAAUACAGGUUUAGAAAUUUUAAACAGUUGAAAAAUAUUUUCCAUGCAAUGGUCUACAAGUGAGGUAUUUACCUGCAACCUGUAAUGCUUCCCAAAGCAGUGCUUGAAGAUAAAGCACCGCUUUGUUCUAGGAGGUCAAGCAAGUUUAUUUAGGAGUAACAAAGCUACCUUCAACCACAUCACUUUUAGAAAACUCUCUGAACAAAUUCGAGGAGCUUGAGUAACUACUAAAAAUGCUUUAGCUGGUUUUUGUGUUUACUGAGACUUUGUCAUUAACUGCAACCGCAUCUCUUUUGUGUUCGUUUGCAUUCGUUGUGAACCCCGGAGUUGUAAAUCAGUUGAGGACAAAUAUGGAAAAUGUCAGUGAGAUGGCUUUAGAUGCAAGGAGACAUUCUGAAUGCAUCUGGCUCUUGUGUUCUUCCAGAUUUGUAACACAGAAAAUGAAGCAAGGGGGGAAUGCAUCAGCUGUGCUUCUAAUGAUGCAGUAUUUCAAAAUGUGUCUAUUACAUUUCCUGAGGGAUUAGAUAUUUAUUCUGUACAGACACCUGGAAGUAAACUAUGCUUAUUAAAAUAGCUGAAACUACAUUAAAAUAACCAGAAUGCCAAU